AUGUCCAGAACUAUACUUAGUUUCCUCAUCAUUCUAUCGACUAUUCAAUUAUCGAUUGAACAUCGAUCGAAGACAGCUUUUUUUAUCUCCAUUCCCUUUAUCGGUCAUAUGAAUCCUUUGUUACGUCAAGCAAUAGAAUUGUAUCAUCGUCAUACUAGCGAGUAUAACAUCUACAUCGUCAGUUGUUCAAAUAUCAAGACACACGUCGAAAUGUACUGUUUGAACACAACAAUCAAGUUUCUCGAUCUUGGUUCAUGUUAUAAUGACACCGAACUAGCUCGAAACUUGGAAGCGAUCGCAUCACAAACGAAUAUACUGGUAGGUGCAAUGCAAAUGUUCGGAAGUGCUAUCACAGACUAUUAUCUACAUAUGUACGAUCAAAUGUUGCGUGUACUUCAGCCAGAAAUGUUCGAUCAUCAAGAAACAAGUAUAGUAAUUACCGAUCGUCUAACGUAUGCCGGUGCAAGUAUUGCUGAUCAUUUUCAAAUACCAUAUAUUGUGAACGUAGCGGGUUUACUUCCUUAUCUUGGUUGGCACGAUAUUUUACCAAGUGAUUAUAAUCCGUGGAUUCUCAGUAACCAACCUCCGAGCAUACAUUCACUUGGUAUCAAUCUAUUAGCACGCACAGUUUUUCCCAUCCUACGUUAUUUUCUGCUUAUUCAAAUGUAUUUUCAGUUCGAUCGACCGUUUAAUUAUAUUCGACAAGAAAGAUUCGAUUUCAAUCAUUCGAGUCACUUAUGGUCUUAUUUCAAUUCUCAUUUAUUUCUAGUAAACAAUGCGUUCGGACUUGAGUACGCUCAACACAUACCACCCAAUGUACAAUUUACUGGCCCGAUGCUUUCGAUGAAACUUUCUUUUAAUGAUUACAUAGAACAACUAUCGCAUGAGGAUCGACAGUGGAUUGAAUCUGACACGCGACCUAUCAUUUAUGUGAACUUUGGGACAGCCAUUCCACUUUCAAAAGAACAAGUGAAAAAAUUAUCACUUGCUUUGCAAUCAUUGAGUGAAUAUCGUGUUCUUUGGAAAGUAGACCAUCCGGACAUUUCGCAAACCUCAUCAUCGACAUUUCGAAUAGUCAAAUGGUUUUCAUCUAGUUUAGGUCAUUUAGCACAUCCAGACGUUCAGUUAUUCAUUUCUCAUUGUGGGAUCAACAGUGCUUAUGAAAGUGUUUGGUUAGGAACUGCGAUUCUAUGUAUACCACGACUUGCUGAUCAACUAGACAUGGCACAACGUUUAGAAGAUGCUGGCGUUGGAAAAUGGUUAAAUCAGGAUAAGUUUACACCUGAACAAUUAAAGCAAACCGUCGAGCUGAUGUUCACAUCUGGAGAAAUGGUGUCGCGAAAGAGAAAUAUCAAACGAAUUCAAGCAAUAAUGAAAUUACAUGGUGGAGUUGAACGUGCAGUUGACUUAAUCGAAAUGACUGCUGAAUACGGAAUCAAAUCAUUCGUACCAGUAAACAAUUCCUACCCAUGGUACGCCUAUUAUAAUUUAGAUGUUUAUACCAUAUGGUUGUUUACCUUGAUUCUUUUGAAGAAGUUAAUCCAUUACUUGUUUUUUUGUAAUCGACGUACAGCUAAAUCGAAAGAAAAAACAAAUUAA